GGGACUUUAUUUUGAAAUCCGACACCGGAAGUGCUACUCAGUCCCAGAGUUUUUGGAGCAGCUACAGCGGUGUGCGAGUACAACAAAUUCAUCCAUAAUUUGAUUAAUAUGGCCGGGACGGCUUCGGUGGCCGGUGAAGUGUUUGUCGAUGCUUUACCUUAUUUUGACCAAGGUUACGAUGCCGCAGGUGUCCGAGAAGCAGCCGCAGCUUUGGUCGAGGAAGAGACCAGAAGAUACAGACCCACAAAGAACUACCUGAGCUACCUACCUACACCUGACUUCUCUGCCUUUGAGACAGAAAUUAUGAGGAAUGAAUUUGAACGAUUAGCAGCUCGUCAACCCCUUGAACUUCUGAGCAUGAAAAGAUAUGAGUUGCCAGCACCUUCAUCGGGCCAGAAGAACGACAUUACAGCGUGGCAGGAGUGUGUGAACAACUCAAUGGCUCAGCUGGAGCAUCAGGCGGUCAGAAUUGAGAACUUGGAGCUCAUGUCUCAGUAUGGAACCAAUGCCUGGAAAGUCUACAACGAUAAUUUGGCGUUUAUGAUUGAGAUGGCUCAAAAGGAACUUCACAAAUUCAGAAAGCAAAUUCAAGACUUGAACUGGCAACGUAAGAACGAUCAGUUGGCAGCCGGAGCCAAACUGCGAGAGCUGGAGUCCAACUGGGUGUCGCUCGUGAGUAAAAACUACGAGAUCGAACGGGCCAUCGUCCAACUGGAAAACGAAGCCGCUCAGCUCCGACAGCAGCAGGGCGACGAAAACAAGGAGAACAUCCGGCAGGACUUCUAAUCACAUCUGGAGGUUUCACCAUCACUGAGCUGAAAUUAAACUAUCUCUGUGAGACAGAUUUCCAUUUGCCUGGACUAAAAACUGGUCUGAUGUUACCGUCACAUUUGUAAGGAGCUGUCCACAUAACUUUAAACCACAUGUUUAACAUUUUACACCCACAAAAAAAACAAUGUGUUAAAGCAAGAUGUUUUACAUUUUACUGUAAGAAAGCACAGAACAUAAUUCACACACAGUUUUUAUCCUGCAGUUAGUGAUGGCUUGUUUGGUAAAGAUAAUUUAUUUUACCAGUCUACACACAGCUAUUGAUAAAAAAAAAGUCAGUUUUUUUGGCUAAGGAGUAGUUUUUCUGUGUUCCUGACACACUGGCAGCAGUACUUAUUACUUCAUUCUCCUCAUGACUUGUUUUAAAAAUAUUUCAGUUUCAGUUAAAGUUGCCUUUCAGUAAAUUAGUGUACAUACUUUGUCACGUCUGAAUACAAAUGUUUGUGACCCUACAAUAUCUUCAAUUUAUUUUUUAUUUUGAAUACAGUUUGUAAUAAAACGAACUUUUAAUAUUUUUAAA